AUGGCCCUGCCCUUCAAGGAAGCUCUCCAGAGGCUCGAGAACGCCCGCGUCAAGUCGACGCGUCCUUUGAUCCCUCCCCAGAUUCUCCAGGAAGAUCUGCCCCUGACGCUUCUCGCUGCCAACACCGUCCUCCAAGGUCGUAGGGCGACUGAAAACAUCGUCAGGGGAGACGAUGACCGACUAGUGGUCGUAGUCGGCCCUUGCUCUGUGAACAACGUCGAUGCCGCCAUUGAGUACGCAAAGCUGCUCAAGGCGUACGCUGACGAGGCCUCGAGCGAUUUGCACAUCGUCAUGCGCGUCUACUUUGAGAAGCCGCGCACGACGCUCGGCUGGAAAGGCCUCAUCAACGACCCCGACAUGAACGGCUCCUACCAGAUCAACCGCGGCCUGCGCAUCGCGCGCACCCUGCUGCUCGACAUCGCCAAGAUGGGCCUGCCCGCCGGGUGCGAGUUCCUCGACACGAUCACGCCGCAGUACACCGCCGAUCUCGUCUCGUGGGGCGCGAUCGGCGCGCGCACGACGGAGUCGCAGGUGCACCGCGAGCUCACGUCCGCGCUGUCGAUGCCGACCGGGUUCAAGAACUCGACGGACGGCUCGGUCGGCAUCGCGAUCGACGCGUGCCGUGCGGCGCGCAGCGGGCAUGUGUUUUUGUCGACGGGCAAGGAGGGGCUGAGCAGUAUUGUUGAGACUACGGGUAACCCCGACGUGCACGUUAUCCUCCGAGGCGGGAACAAGGGCCCCAACUACGCUGCCGAACACGUGCGCGACACGGCUGCGCAGAGCAUCAAGUUUGCUCUCCCCGCAAAGGUCAUGAUUGAUUGCAGCCACGGUAACAGCCAAAAGCAAUACAUCAAACAAGUCGAGGUCGUCGAAGACAUCGUCGCCCAACUCGGCUCGUCGGACACCGCGCCGUACAUCAUGGGCGUCAUGCUCGAGUCCAACCUCGUCGAGGGCCGGCAGGACAUCCCCGCGAUGGGCCCCGCCGGGCUCAAGUACGGCCAGUCCGUCACGGACGCGUGUCUCUCGUGGGAGCAGACCAGGCCCGCGCUCGACCGUCUGCGCGAGGGCGUGCGCGCGAGGAGGGAGCUCGUAGCGAAGGAGGCGCAUGUUAAUGGGUUUUAG